AAAAACAUUGUAAUAUUGGACAACUACUCCGCCUUUCAACCGAUUCAAAGAUUGUCCUUGAAAUCUCCCAUAUUCCCAUGGAGCCCGUCACACACGGUUGAACUUUACAGGUGGUCGAUAUGUCGUCCUCGGACGCUGAGAAUCGGCUCUACCGCAGCCUGGGGCAACUUCCCGCGGCCCACGACAACCGAUACUGCGAAUCUGCAACGCAGCAACUCUUGGAGAUACUAUUCAGAUCCUUAGCCGGCGACGAUCCAAACUAUCUUGGCUACUUCUUCCCUCCGACAUCCAAUCCCGCCGCCCUCAAAUGGAGUUUAAGAGCAGCACAGGGCGCCGUGGAAGGCGCGGAAUACACGGAGGCCGCGCGCGGAACCGCCUGCGGACACAUCUUCAAGGCCGGAGAAGCGUCAUAUCGGUGCAAGACGUGCACGAAUGACGACACUUGCGUGCUAUGCGCCAAAUGCUUUGAAGCUUCCGAUCACGAAGGACAUAUCGUGUAUGUCUCUAUCUCACCAGGCAACUCUGGCUGCUGCGACUGCGGAGACGACGAAGCCUGGAUUCACGCACCGCUCUGCAACAUACACUCCCCGCUCCCAAACAGCGCUCCCGGUGCGAAGGCGGCAGGUAAGGCCAAGGAGUCGUCGGAUUUACCGCCGUCCGUGGUAGAGGGGAUACGCAGGACCAUUGCGAUCGCCUUCGACUACCUUUGCGAUGUAUUUUCAUGCUCCCCGGAACAACUACGGCUACCUAAGACGCUUGAGACCGUUCAGACCGACGAGGUCCAGUCACGACUUUCCUCCCGAUGGUUCCCCGACGUUCCUGGAUGGAGCCCGAGCUACGAGGCAUGCAACGAGUUCGCGCUGGUCUUGUGGAAUGACGAGAAACACACAGUGGAAGACGUCAAAGAGCAGGUGGCGCGAGCUUGCAAGGUUUCCAAAAAAAUCAGUUACGAGAAGGCGCUGGAAAUCGAUGACGUCGGCCGAAGCGUGAUCAUACAUUCCUACGAACUCAAGGACCUUCUCCGGAUGGCGUCGAUUAUCGAGGAGAUCAAACUCACCGUCACCGUACGAUCGGCGAGAGACACGUUUCGCGAGCAGAUGUGCGAGUUCAUCAUCAAGUGGAUUUGCGAUAUCGCGGGCUGCAGCGCUGGGAAUGACGCUCAUAUCCUCCGGAAUACCAUAUGUGAAGAGCUAUUAAAGCCAUGGAGAACAGGAAGUAAGGCACAUCACGCAUAUAUUGGAAAAGAUGGGAUCGAUGAUCACGCAAGCGAAGACAACCUAGAAGAAGAGCUUCGAGGUGGCUAUGCAUCUCGAGCACGCAUUGUUAGGAUGGCACAGCAGUUAACUAGAACAGGGCAGGGCCACGUCAUCCAAAUCGCGGGCGGCGCACAAAUCAUCCUCGGAGAAGCGCAUGGCCUGCUCGAAGAGUUGGAGGCCGAGAACGAAGACCGAAUGGACGUGGACCAAGCCGAUACCGGAGAACGAGAAAGCGAUAUCGAUGUCGAUACAUCGGAUGGACUCGAAGACCCGUCGAGGACAGUUGGACCGGUCGAUUCAGUCGUGCAUCCAGCCAGACGGGGCUCUGCACUCCCUUCGAUGACGCCGAAUCCCCGAAGAGGGAGAACAUCCAGUGUUCCGAUGCCACUUGAUGUCCCAAAGACGCCCAGGCCGGUACAUGCCAGCGGUGGGAAGCCAAUGCCUCCUUCAUACUGGCUGGAGAAACCAGCUGGCUACGGGCGGCAACCCGAAGUCCCUAUUGAGGAAGACCUCUGGCAGAGAGUUCGGUUGGAUUACUUGAUCCUCUACGAUUUGCGGAUGUGGAAGAACUGCCGGAUCGACGUGCGAGAUGUCUUCAUUAGCACCGUGGUCACCCUUCCUUAUUUCAAGCGGUUGAUGGGUCUUCGAUUUGCCGGACUCUACACCCUCCUUGCGCAGCUCUACCUGAUUGCGGAUCGCGAACCCGAUCAUUCGAUCAUCAAUUUAUCACUGCAGAUGCUCACCACCCCGUCCAUCACCGCGGAAAUUGUCGACCGAGGCAAUUUCUUAUCGAACCUGAUGGCAAUCCUCUACACGUUCAUCACUACCCGACAAGUUGGAUAUCCAUCCGAUGUGGACCCCAACGCUAUUCUUUCGCUGGAGCAAGGCACCGUCACGAAUCGCCGGAUCUACCACUUCUUCAUGGACAUGAAGUACAUGAUGAACUCUAGCCUGGUUCAGAGCCUCAUCCGAGACAAUCCGCAGUAUUUACUGCAAUUUUUGGAUCUCGUCAAACUCCAUCAGGGAAUCGUCCCCAAUGUCCGAGCGCUGGGAGAGCAUGUCGAAUUCGAACCGGAGACGUGGAUCAGCGCGUCCAUCAUCACGAGAGAGAUGAACCGGCUGUGCCGUCAAUUCGCUGAAUCCUUCUGCUGGAGACCGGGCGGUGACAAGGGACCGAUCCGCCGCGCGAUCCGAGAGACGGCCAAGGUUGUGAUCAUCAAUUCGAUAGGAGCGGAGCGAGCGCGGUUCGUCCAGUCCGAGAUCACCAGUCCCGUGCGCUUUGACGUCUUCCCUCUCUCCGAGUUCCAUCUCCAAUACGACUCCGACAACCCCGUCGGCUUUCGAGUCGUACAGUACGAUGUCGGUAAAGAGCCGAUGAGUUUCCAUCAUGCUCUACACUACACGUUCUCCUGGCUCGUCGACCGCGCCAAAUGCAUGGACAACGAGGAAUUCCGUGCGUGGAUCGAUUUCACCGCGCAAGACCUCCGCGCGGCGCCCUCACCUCCGAACGCGAAUAUCCCGGAUUUUGUCCCGCAUGACUAUCUCCUGGCCAUGUUCGACUUCCCACUGCGCGUCUGCGCAUGGUUGGCGCAAAUGAAAGCCAACAUGUGGGUGCGCAACGGCGUGACGCUCCGCCAUCAAAUGCAGACCUACCGAGGCCACACGCAGCGAGACUUGGCGUAUCUCCGAGAUAUCUUCUUAUUACAGCUCGCGCUCGUCGUCUGCGAUCCGCAGAUGUUCCUCGCGACCAUGGUCGAUCGAUUCGACCUUCGUGACUGGGCCAUGGGGAAUUUCGGGACGAUCAAACCCGAUCGCGACGAGCUCCAGAUGCUGGAGAUGGCCGAGGAAUUCGUUCACCUGCUCAUCGUGCUGUUGAUCGAGAGGACGUUCCUUCUUCCCAUUGAGAAUCCGAAGGAAUCCCACGUCAUGGGAAUGCGCCGUGACAUUGCGCACAUUCUCCUCUUCCGACCCUUGUCGCAUUCGGACAUCACGCAACGCAUGUCCGAGAAGGUCCAGGACUCCGACGAGUUGGCGGACUUGCUCGACCAGAUGACUCAAUAUAAAGCCCCCGAAGGAGUGUCGGAUGUCGGAACCUUCGAGCUCAAGAAAGAAUUCAUCGCUAAAAUCGAUCCGUACAUUCCACAAUACACCCGCAAUCAGCGGGAAGAAGCCGAGAAUAUCUACAAGCGGUACAUGGCGGAGAAGACUGGUACACCGGUCGAGGAAGUCGUAUACGAGCCCAAUCUCCUGCCUUUGGAAUCUGGCAUCUUCAAAAACCUAGCGCACUUCACGAAAACCCCCAUAUUCAUUCAGAUCAUCUUCUACUUCCUGGAGCUAUCGCUGGUGUACAAGGUCGAGAUGACGAACAUUUCGGCGGCGAAGAUGGAGGUAUUCCUCCAAUUCGUACUCACGUUGAUCCUCAUUGCUGUCAACGAGGACCACGACGGAAAUGGAUUCGUGGUUCCUGCAUUGUAUGCGUACUCCGAGUAUUCCGACUAUCGCCCGGAUACCAAGAUCAUCUCGGCAUUGCAAUCGAUCCUGGCGUCGAAACGGUACGAGGCGUGUGCUCCCAAAAUUCGGCUGAUUUUGAAGCGGAUGAAGGAGAAGAAGCCAGAGGAGUAUGCGGAGUGUUUGGAAUCCCUCGGCUUGUCGUCGCCGCUUUUGGACCCCUCCGAGCUUCACCAAAAUUCGGGCGAGGCCGACAAGGAAUUGAAGAAGAAGCAAGCCCUCGAACGCCAGGCGAAAAUCAUGGCGCAAUUCAAACAGCAGCAGAACAGCUUCGUUCAAAAUCAGACCUUCGAUUGGGGAGAAGAAGAUUUCAGCGACCUGGACGACGAUUUCGAGAAGGUGGAAGCGGAGGAGACGGAGGAGGUUCGAAAAUUCCCCACCGGUACAUGCAUCAUGUGCCAAGAGGAGACCAACAGCGACCGCCUCUACGGAACCUUCUCGUUCAUCUCCGAAAGCAGCAUCCUACGUCAGACGCCCGCGUUGGAUAUGGACUGGAUCGAGGAAGUCCGCGAUACGCCCAUCAGCUUGGAUCGGUCCGCGGAGAGCAUCCGCCCGUUCGGCGUUGCCGGCAAAAACCGCCGCACCGUCGAGAAAUUUGACGCCGACGGGAACGUCACGAUCACGGAGCGGCAGGAAUUGGCGAAAGGGUUCCCAUCGAACUAUACCCGCCGUGGGCCAGUCGCGACAGGUUGUGGCCACCUGAUGCAUUGGACAUGUUUUGAAGAUUACUUCCAGGCGACCCAUCGGAGACACCUGAGCCAGGUCGCACGGCUCCAUCCGGAACGGCUGGAUCUGGGGGAAUUCGAAUGUCCGCUCUGCAAGGCGUUGGGAAAUGCGUUCCUUCCCAUCAUUUGGAAGGCGCAGAAGGUGACGCAGGUGGGACAGGAUUCCACCGAUCUAAACGAUUGGGUUGUGAAUGCACUUCCGCAGUACCUGGCAAGGGGCUUCCGGGAGGAAGAGACCACGCUCACCAAGAAGCUGGAUACGGUGUCCAAGGCAUUGCAGCAAGAGGACACCUUCAUCAAAUACGGGUCUCAGGAGUUUGCCGGUCCAGUGUCCUCAAGGUUGGCAGAUUAUAGCACCUACACCGGCCCGAUCGUGCAGCAAAUCGCGUUACCCGAUCCUACCACCGGACAACUCUCGCAUGCAUUCCAUAUCCUCUCCCCCACGCCUUCUGGUCCGUUGGACGCUCUGAGAAGCGUUCCCGUGUAUCCGCUGCUGGAGCUCAAUCGGGCAUAUAUCCGACUCAACACCACGUUGCGGUUAAACAACAUCCCUUCUCGAUAUGCGCUGCACUCCAUGCGGCCGACGGAGGCCCUUCCAAACACCGAUGCGCUCAUGCGCGCUGUGGGAUUCUCCAUUUCCGCUGCGGAAAUCGCUCAACGAGGCGUGGAGUCGAGUCCGGGAGCGACACUACUCGAGAAGGUACCCGAGCAGACGUUGAUACACUUACGCAUCGUGUCGGAAACCGUCAAAUCCUACAUUUCGCUCGGCUGCAUCCGCAGCGAGACGUCGCCCAUCACCAGCAAGGAGUACACGCAGACCGUGUUUCGACAACUCCAACUCCUCUUCCCUGCACGGCCAGAACUCGGGAACGAUGUCCCCGCCACACGAGGCCUUGACACCCUCUUGGGCCAGGAUCCAUUCAUCUUCCUCACCGAAUGCGCUUUUGGUAUCGUCCCCGCACUGAACAUCGAUCUGCGUGUCGUUAUGCGAUUAUGCUAUCUCGCGGAAAUGGUUCGAGUCAUCCUCGCCUUCAUGCACCGAACCGUGCUGCCGAAGCAUCAUGUCCAGUUCUCGGAUUCGCAACGGUGGACGAAGCAACCGACCAGGCCCGCUGAAGCGCGCAGUUUCCUCAAGUUCUAUAAGAUUGUUUCGAAAGCGCUGUUUCCGACCGGUCCGGCGCCGUCGGACUGGGAUCUAUCGUCUGUCGAGGGUAUGACGCCAUUCAUCUACUCCAUGAUGGCGACAUACAUGCUCCCGUUCUUGCGGAAGUGCAUGAUCCUCAUGAAUGUCAAAUUCGCCACGGAAUUCCCAAUCGUGGAUUCAGGUGCGGACGAGCCGGAGCUGACAAGGCUAGAGAGAGCGCUCAAUUUCCCGAGCAUGUAUGAAAUCACCCUGGAUGUCAUCGGCAACUCGGAGAACCCAACCCAUAGCGACGAGCCUCUGUAUGGGAUCGUUCGUAGCUGGAUCAAGCAUUACCAUGAGGAGUGGGCGGAUAAGGUUAUCCCGGUGGCGCCCGCCCCUUAUCCCAAACCAUCGCCGGUCAUCCUCGCUCACCCUGCCAUUUUCGAACUCAUCGGUCUUCCUCGGAUCUACGAUACCUUGACCGUCGAGGCAUUUAAGCGGAACUGUCCCACCACUGGACGAUACAUGACCGACCCGGUCGUGUGCCUGCUCUGUGGCGAGAUAUUCUGCAGUCAGGCCGUCUGCUGUCUGUCUGAGCGGAAGCCCGGAUCCCGUGAGCGCCGUGGCGGAUGCAACCAGCACCAAAUCAAGUGCGGCGGCACCACCGGCAUGUACAUCAACAUCCGUAAAGGCAUGGUGAUCCUCCUCAGCACGCAGCCCGAGCAGCAGGGCAUGUCGAUGGGCUCCUGGGCAAACGCGCCGUAUCUCGACAAGCACGGGGAAGCGGACCCGACCCUCCGCCGCCAUCAUCAGCUGUUCCUCAAUCAGAAGCGAUACGACGUGCUGUUCCGCCAGCUGUGGCUGAACCACGGGAUCGCGAGCGCGAUCGCGAGGAAGUUGGACUCGGAAAAUAGCAAUGGGGGUUGGGAGACCACGUGAGGCUGAUGGGGAGGAGGAGCUACACCGUUGAGGAAACAAUCCGUAUGCAUACCCGGAUGGUUGGAUGGCAUUGGGAUACCUACCGGGACGGGAUUCUACGACACGGCGAGACGUUUAGGAUGCGGUGAAUGGGUCUGAUCCUUAGCGAUGGUAUUACGAUCCAUGAUUUGUAUAAUAGAUAAUUCAACAAUCUUCAGAUUACCUUGGGUGUCCCAGGCCGCUGAGGGCUAUCCUUCGGUAGGUACCAGUAGCAAUAGGAG